CAGUUCAUCGUUUUGGAGAAGACGCCAAAGAAGAUUCUUGCUUCAACAGUGCUUGAACGGAACUUCUUUCCUUCGUCCGAGAUUUCGCCGCAUUCCUUGCUGUAUUUAACCUACAUUUGAAUAAUAAAUUAUAUUUUUCUACUGAUCAUUUUGAUAGUAAAACGAGGACAAAAUUGCCGAAAUGGAGACUUCUCAGAUUCGCCAGAACUACCACCGUGACUGCGAGGCAGCCAUCAACCGCAUGCUCAAUAUGGAGCUGUUUGCUUCAUACACCUACACCUCGAUGGCAUUUUAUUUUGCCCGUGACGACGUCGCACUUCCUGGAUUUUCUCACUUCUUCAAAGAGAACAGCGAUGAGGAGCGCGAGCAUGCGCAUAAGUUGAUGGCCUUCCAGAACAAAAGGGGCGGGCGCAUCUUUCUCCAGGAUGUGAAGAAGCCAGAGCGAGAUGAGUGGGGCAGUGGACUAGAGGCUAUGGCUUGCGCUCUGCAAUUGGAGAAGAAUGUCAACCAGGCCCUCCUGGACCUGCACAAGAUCGCCUCUGAGAAAGUGGAUCCACAUCUUUGCGACUUCCUGGAGUCACAUUACCUGGGUGAGCAGGUGGAGGCCAUCAAGAAGCUGGGCGACCACGUCACCAACCUCACCAAAAUGGAUGCUGCCAACAAUAAAAUGGCAGAGUAUCUGUUUGACAAGCAUACUCUGGGUAGCAGCUAAAUGAGAUGCUUGAUCUGUAAUGUGGCAGUCUCUGCUGGGAUGAUUAUUAAUCUGCCAUUACCAAUAUGGCAACCACUCCCAAUGCUGAUGCAGGAUGAUGACUGUUUUACAAAAUAAUUUUAAACCGCAGGUUUCAAUCUGAUGAAAAAAUAAACAUUUUGAGCAGA